CUGACUAUGUUCGUGUUCAUUGUAUUUUUGUAUGUUUCAGGUCUUCUCGCAUUCCUGAGCUCACUGGAUAGUUACUUCGUUUCACACGCCUAUUUCACGACCCUGUUGAAAGGCGCAUCUGUACAAAUCGUAUUUGGUUUUGAGUACGCCAUCUUGAUGACAAUCGUCUUUCAUGUACUCAUCAAAUAUCUUUUGCACAUGUAUGACUUACGUAGUGUUCAUCCAUGGGAGAAUAAGGCUGUUUAUUUGCUCUACUCAGAACUUUUGAUCAAUUUGCUGCGUUGUAUUUUGUAUACGGUAUUUGCUGGUGUCAUGAUCAGAUUGCAUACGUUCCCACUGUUCUCGAUCAGACCGUUGUAUCUGACAAUACGUGCGUUCCAUAAGGCAGUGAACGAUGUGAUUCUAUCGAGACGUGCCAUUCACGCCAUGAACAAUCUCUUCCCGUUGGCCACUGAACAGGAACUUACUGAUGGUAAGUGUGUAGUUGGUCACUUGAAAAUGAUUCGAUUGAACGCGCGACAACACAUGUAUAAUUUGUCGUGA